AUGAACAACACACUAAUUUCACAUGAAAUAGAAUCUAUAACAACUAUCAUAGAUUCUACCCCAAACAGUUAUGAUUCAACAGGUUCUAUUUUAUAUAUUGUUGUCGUUCUACUCUGGUAUUCUAUGGGUAUUGUAUGCAUGUUAGGCAUGCAAAUAAAAGCAUGCGAUGAAACAGCUGGCGAUUAUCCUAAACGUCGAGCAAAAUUUCUAAUCGAUACUCUUCGUGAUCAAACGCAAACAAAAGAAAUACUUGAAGAGCUUGUUGAUAAACAAAAACGUGAUAAACUUUGGGAUAUUUAUCGAGGUCCAACAGAUAACAAUAAUCAUAAAUUAAAUCGUGACGAAACUCUUCGUAUAAGAAACAUAGAAAAACAAUUAGCUGUUAUAAAUCAAAAUCAUCGACUUAUCAAUGAAAAUCUAAUAUCACCAGCAAUUUCGAAUGAUCGGAUAAAUUCCGAUUCCGAGUCAAUCAUUAUUCCUGAUAUAUCAUCAGUUGAAAAUCGAGUUCGUGUUCGACGUCGUUCGUCAUUAGAUCAACAAAUACUUGAACGAUGGAAAACUGUUGUUGGACAAUGUAAAACGCACGAACAACUACCAUGGUCAAUACAAAAAUUGAUGAUUCGUCGACAUUUUCGACGACAUUAUAAAACAAUGUUACAAAAAUCUGAGCAAAUUCAUGCAUCAAUGUAUGAACAACCAGAAUAUAUUGAUAAUCCUGAUCAUCAUGCUAUUCAAAUGGAUAAGGACGAUUAA